AUGGUAGACUGGAAUUCCCUUGAAUGUAUCCUAGAAGAGAUUGGGCUGCCAAGGAAAUUUACUAGCUGGAUCAUGAAAAUGGUAACUAUUGUCAGUUACAGGUUCAAUGUAAAUGGUGAGUACUCAGAUUUGCUUCAGGCUAUGAGGGGGAUUAGGCAAGGUGACCCAAUCUCCCCUUUACUGUUUGUAAUUCUGAUGGAAUAUAGGAAUAGAACAAUGGUUAAAAUGCAAAAGAACAAGGAUUUUAAGCACCACAACAAAUGUAAAAAACUGGCCAUCACUCACUUGUAUUUUGCAGAUGAUGUCCUUCUUUUCAGACGAGGAGAUGUUAAAUCUAUGGAGAGGAUGUUUGAGGCAUUUAAAUGCUUUUCUGGUUCAACAGGUCUGAUAGUGAAUCAUAAUAAAUGCAUGAUCUUCUGUGGUGGUAUGGAUAAUGAUGUAGAUGUGACAAUCCAGGAUUCGACAGAAUUUGCUAUUGGUCAAUUGCCUAUUAGAUACUCGGAUGUUCCCUUGUUAAGCAAGAAAUUGAAUAUGAAUCAUUACCUCCCUAUGGUGGAAAGAAUUACUAGUCGUAUAAGGCAUUGGACUGCAAAACUUCUAAGUAGAGCUGGUAGAAUCCAGUUAGUGAACAUCAUUACCACAGCCAUUGCUCAAUAUUGGAUGAACUGUCUCCCGCUGCCCAAGUUUGUUAUUCACAAAAUUGAUGCUUUGUGCAGGUCUUUUGUAUGGACUGGAAAAUCUGAGGUGAGCCGUAAGAGCCUUGUGGCAUGGAAGAAGACUUGCAGCCCCAUUCAACAAGGAGGACUGAACAUGAUCAACCUGGAAAUUUGGAAUUCUAUCACUUUGUUGAAAUGUUUAUGGAACCUGUGCAAGAAGAUGGAUAAUAUGUGGGUGAAAUGGGUGCACGCAUAUUACUUAAAAGGUAAAACGGUGCAAGCUGUUAGUAUUCCAAAUUCUUGCUCGUGGAUUUUGAAGACCAUAAUCAAGAAGAGGUCUCUUAUACCUAUAAUCCAGCAGCAAUGGGAAGCCAUGAUAACAAAGAAUCGAUUUGUGAUGAAGGAUCUCUACCUGCAGCUUAUUGAUGAUCAAAGUAGAGUGGAUUGGAGAAAUCUUAUGAGAAACAAUUAUGCUAGACCUAGAGCAUUAAUUACCCUUUGGUUCGGAUGUCAUAGAAGAUUAGCUACAAAGGAUAGGUUGGUCAAAAUGGGAAUGAUUCAGAACUUGUAG